GGCAGGGAGGGAGCGACAGAGGCUGGGAGGGGUGUUGGCGAGAGCUCGCGCGCUGUGUAUGGUCUAUCGGAGGCAGCUGACCUUCGAGGAGGAAAUCGCUGUUCUCUGCUCCUUCCUGUAGUAACAGCCGCCGCCGCCGCCGCCGCCUCCGGGAGCGCGGGCCGGGAGCGAGAGCCGCGGGGCGGACAGCCGGCCCCGCCGCCGGACGGCUCCGCGCCACCAGGAGCCUCCUCUGCAGCCCUCCGCUCGCCCUAGGUGAACGGACAUGGCGGGCUGGAUCCAAGCCCAGCAGCUGCAGGGAGAUGCGCUGCGCCAGAUGCAGGUGCUGUAUGGGCAGCACUUCCCCAUCGAGGUUCGGCACUACUUGGCGCAGUGGAUCGAGAGCCAGCCAUGGGAUGCCAUCGACCUGGACAAUCCCCAGGACAGAGCCCAGGCCACUCAGCUCCUGGAGGGCCUGGUGCAGGAGCUGCAGAAGAAGGCGGAGCACCAAGUCGGGGAAGAUGGGUUCUUACUGAAGAUCAAGCUGGGGCACUAUGCCACGCAACUCCAGAACACGUACGACCGCUGUCCCAUGGAGCUGGUCCGCUGCAUCCGACAUAUUCUGUACAAUGAACAGAGGCUGGUGCGAGAAGCCAACAAUGGGAGUUCUCCCGCUGGGAUCCUGGUUGACGCCAUGUCCCAGAAACACCUCCAGAUCAACCAGACGUUUGAGGAGCUGCGACUGGUCACACAGGACACAGAGAACGAACUGAAGAAGCUUCAGCAGACUCAAGAGUACUUCAUCAUCCAAUAUCAGGAGAGCCUGAGGAUCCAGGCUCAGUUUGGCGGGCUGGCCCAGCUGAGUCCCCAGGAGCGGCUGAGCCGGGAGACGGCCCUGCAGCAGAAGCAGGUGUCCCUGGAGGCCUGGCUGCAGCGCGAGGCCCAGACACUGCAGCAGUACCGCGUGGAGCUGGCCGAGAAGCACCAGAAGACCCUGCAGCUGCUGCGGAAGCAGCAGACCAUCAUUCUGGACGACGAGCUGAUCCAGUGGAAGCGGCGGCAGCAGCUGGCCGGGAACGGAGGGCCCCCCGAGGGCAGCCUGGACGUGCUGCAGUCCUGGUGUGAGAAGUUGGCCGAGAUCAUCUGGCAGAACCGGCAGCAGAUCCGCAGGGCUGAGCACCUCUGUCAGCAGCUGCCCAUCCCCGGCCCAGUGGAAGAGAUGCUGGCUGAGGUCAAUGCCACCAUCACAGACAUCAUCUCAGCCCUGGUGACCAGCACCUUCAUCAUUGAGAAGCAGCCCCCUCAGGUCCUGAAGACCCAGACCAAGUUUGCAGCGACGGUGCGCCUGCUGGUGGGUGGGAAGCUGAACGUGCACAUGAACCCCCCCCAGGUGAAGGCCACCAUCAUCAGCGAGCAGCAGGCCAAGUCGCUGCUCAAGAAUGAGAACACCCGCAACGAGUGCAGUGGCGAGAUCCUGAACAACUGCUGUGUGAUGGAGUAUCACCAGGCCACCGGCACCCUCAGCGCUCACUUCCGGAACAUGUCGCUAAAGAGGAUUAAGCGUGCUGACCGGAGGGGCGCUGAAUCCGUGACGGAGGAGAAGUUCACGGUCCUGUUUGAGUCUCAGUUCAGUGUUGGCAGCAAUGAGCUUGUGUUCCAGGUGAAGACCCUGUCCCUUCCCGUGGUUGUCAUCGUUCACGGCAGCCAGGACCACAAUGCGACCGCCACCGUGCUGUGGGACAAUGCCUUUGCUGAGCCGGGCAGGGUGCCCUUCGCCGUGCCCGACAAAGUGCUGUGGCCGCAGCUGUGUGAGGCGCUCAACAUGAAAUUCAAGGCCGAAGUGCAGAGCAACCGGGGCCUGACCAAGGAGAACCUCGUGUUCCUGGCUCAGAAGCUGUUCAACAACAGCAGUGGCCACCUUGAAGACUAUAAUGGCAUGUCCGUGUCCUGGUCCCAGUUCAACAGGGAGAACUUGCUGGGCUGGAACUACACCUUCUGGCAGUGGUUCGAUGGGGUCAUGGAGGUGCUGAAGAAGCAUCACAAGCCCCACUGGAAUGACGGGGCCAUCCUAGGUUUUGUGAACAAGCAACAGGCCCAUGACCUGCUCAUCAACAAGCCCGAUGGGACCUUUUUAUUGCGCUUUAGCGACUCCGAAAUCGGGGGCAUCACCAUUGCCUGGAAGUUUGACUCUCCCGACCGCAACCUGUGGAACCUGAAGCCGUUCACCACACGGGACUUCUCCAUCCGGUCACUGGCUGACCGGCUGGGGGACCUGAGCUAUCUCAUCUACGUAUUUCCCGACCGGCCCAAGGAUGAGGUCUUCUCCAAGUACUACACCCCUGUGCUCGCUAAAGCAGUGGACGGAUACGUGAAGCCACAGAUCAAGCAAGUGGUCCCUGAGUUUGUGAGUGCGUCUGCAGACUCUGCCGGGGCCAGCGCCACCUACAUGGACCAGGCCCCUUCCCCAGCCGUGUGCCCCCAGGCUCAUUAUAACAUGUAUCCCCAGAACCCUGACCCCGUCCUCGACCAGGAUGGAGAAUUUGACCUGGAUGAGACCAUGGACGUCGCCCGGCACGUGGAGGAACUCUUACGCCGCCCGAUGGACAGUCUGGACCCGCGCCUCUCCCCGCCUGCCGGCCUUUUCACCUCUGCCCGAGGCUCGCUCUCAUGAAUGUUCGAAUCCCACGCUUCUCUUUGGAAACAACACUCAGUGUGAAGGGGGCGUGUUAAUGGUGAUUUUAGUGUUGCUGGGCGUACGGAUGCCUCCGCUGUGUGUGUGUGUGUGUCUGCCUCGCCUGCGCCCAGGAGCCACCAGCUUGC